CUCUUGCAGAUGCGUACAACCCGCAAGGUAUCGGUAUGGCCGGUGGGACUGGUAGGAGGACGACGGUACGAGCGCCCGGUCGUGGAAAACGGCAAAGUUGUUGGCUGGUACACUGGCUGGAGAGCUGACAGGCCCUUUGCUAUCGACAUGGCAGGAUUUGCUGUGAGUCUUCAAGUGAUUCUGUCGCAUCCGAAAGCCGUGUUCAAGCGCCGUGGUUCUCAACCAGGAAUGCAAGAAUCUGAUUUUCUGAAACAGAUAACAACAGUGGAGGAACUGGAACCAAAAGCAAACAACUGCACAAAGGUUCUUGUAUGGCACACACGAACAGAAAAAGUAAAUCUAGCUAAUGAGCCAAAAUACCACCUGGACACAGUCAAUAUUGAGGUAUGAUGUGGAGGCACAGUGACACAGUACAAUGGAUGUGUCAGAAGGUGUUCAAAUUCAGCCCGUUAAAUAGCCUACUUCUGCGUGAGACCUUUUAAUAGUCAUCUGAUGGACUUCUGUGGAAACAAAAGAAAGUUGUCAGAUACUCUAAUAAGCAAAUCAAGUGGGUGUGCUUUGUUCUAACUUGUUUGCAUGCAUUUCUGACCUCUCGUCUUAAUAAACUGACAUUUACCUUUGUUUUAAGGCUGUUUCCACAUAGUAAAAACGAUCAAGAGAAACAUGGCUGCAACGGAGUAUUUUCAAGAUCAUAAUUUAUGUAUAUACUUUUUGUAUUUAUCUAGCUUAAUGGUGUAAUUAUAAACUGAUUUUAAAUCACGAACUGUUGAUCUAAAUAUUUGCAGAAAUGGAUCCCCAAAUUGAACAUGUUUUCCUUCAUUAAAAAUAGACUAAUUGAAGAAAUAGCGGUCAAAUAGGUCAUACAAUAAUGAAAUAAAAACCCACAAUCA